AAGGUAUGCGAAGGCUUUAUUAAUAGUAGCCAAGGACUAGAGUUAGAUCAAGAGGGAACUAGAGCGUAUAUGGCUGCGGCGAUGGUAGGGAAAACGUUGCUGGACUCAGCAUGGCUGGCAGCGAGAUCGACGGAAGUGGAGGCCACCGGUGUCCUGCUCACAACCACCAUGCAACCUUCCGGUCCUUCCCCUCCGUGGGUGGAGGCCGCCAUCCCCGGCACGGUUUUAGGAACCUUGCUGAAGAAUAAAUUGGUUCCAGAUCCUUUUUACGGUUUGAACAAUGAAUCAAUAGUUGAUAUUGCUGAUUCUGGAAGGGAGUACUAUACAUUUUGGUUUUUUACAACUUUCGAGUCAAAACUGAAAGGAAGUCAGUAUAUAGAUCUCAACUUUCGUGCGAUCAAUUACUCGGGGGAGGUAUAUCUGAAUGGGCACCAAAAGAUCCUUCCCAAGGGGAUGUUUCGAAGACAUUCACUUGAUAUUACUGAUAUUAUUAACCGUGAAGGGAAAAAUUUGCUUGCUGUACUUAUCCAUCCUCCUGAUCAUCCUGGAACAAUUCCUCCAGAAGGAGGUCAAGGUGGUGAUCAUGAGAUUGGCAAAGAUGUUGCUGCUCAAUAUGUCGAAGGUUGGGACUGGAUGACCCCGAUAAGGGAUAGGAAUACUGGGAUCUGGGAUGAAGUGUCAAUUUCAGUUACUGGGCCUGUCAAGUUAGAUGAUCCGCACCUGGUAUCAUCAUUUUUUGAUGACUAUGAGAGAUCAUAUCUACAUACCACGGUUGACUUGGAAAACAAAAGUUCAUUGCCGGCAGAGUGUUCAUUAACUAUUCAAGUGACAGCAGAACUAGAUGAAGAAAUGCGUCUGCUAGAGCAUGUCCAGUCAUAUGAGUUGUUAAUCCCUCCUGGAACGCUUAUAACGUACACAAUUCCUCCGCUCCUCUUUGACAAGCCAAAUUUGUGGUGGCCCAAUGGUAUGGGCAAGCAGUACCUAUAUAAUGUGGAAUUAAGUGUUGAUGUGAAAGGAUUUGGGGAAUCUGAUUCAUGGUCUCAUCAGUUUGGCUUUCGAAAGAUUGAGAGUAUAAUUGAUGAAGCAACUGGUGGACGAUUAUUCAAGGUAAAUGGCCAACAAAUUUUCAUUCGUGGUGGCAAUUGGAUCUUAUCAGAUGGGCUGUUGCGGCUUUCAGCUAAACGUUACAUGACAGACAUAAAAUUCCAUGCAGAUAUGAAUUUCAACAUGAUCCGUUGUUGGGGAGGUGGAUUAGCUGAGAGACCAGAGUUCUAUCACUAUUGUGAUGUGUAUGGCAUUUUGGUCUGGCAAGAGUUUUGGAUAACAGGUGACUGUGAUGGAAGAGGCAUGCCUAUCUCAAACCCCAAUGGGCCAUUAGACCAUGACCUUUUCCUGCUUUGUGCGCGGGACACUGUCAAGCUUCUUAGGAAUCAUGCAAGUCUUGCUCUCUGGGUUGGUGGCAAUGAGCAAACUCCACCAAAAGACAUCAAUACUGCUCUCAUUAAUGACUUGAUGCUCCAUCCUCUAUUCAAGUGCAGUGAUGAAACUUAUAAUUUAGCAGAAGAAUCGGAUGAUCCUAGUCAAUAUCUUGAUGGAACUCGAGCUUAUGUUCAGGGAUCUAUGUGGGAUGGUUUUGCAAAUGGUAAAGGUGAUUUUACUGAUGGUCCCUAUGAAAUUCAAUAUCCAGAAGAUUUCUUCAAGGAUGAUUUCUAUCAAUAUGGUUUCAAUCCUGAGGUUGGCUCAGUGGGGAUACCAGUUGCUACUACAAUCAGAGCCACAAUGCCACCAGAAGGAUGGCAGAUCCCAUCUUUUCAAAAACUUUCAACUGGGUACAUAGAAGAAAUUCCAAAUCCAAUAUGGGACUAUCAUAAAUACAUUCCAUAUUCAAAUCCAGAGAAGGUGCAUGACCAGAUCGAAGCAUAUGGUCAUCCAAAGGACCUUGAUGAUUUCUGUGAAAAGGCACAACUUGUUAAUUAUGUUCAAUAUAGAGCCCUCUUAGAGGGCUGGACUUCUAGAAUGUGGACAAAAUACACUGGUGUUCUUAUUUGGAAGACACAGAAUCCAUGGACAGGUCUAAGAGGUCAGUUUUAUGAUCAUCUUCAUGAUCAAACAGCAGGUUUCUAUGGUUGCCGCAGUGCUGCUGAACCUAUUCAUGUCCAACUCAAUCUUUCUACAUACUAUAUCGAGGUAGUAAACACUACAUCAAAUGAACUCUCAGAUGUAGCUAUAGAAAUUUCAGUAUGGGAUCUUGACGGUGCAUGCCCAUAUUACAAAGUAACUGAGAAAUUCUCAGUAGCAGCUAAGAAAGUAUCGCCAAUUGUCGAAAUGAAUUAUCCAAAAUCAACAAACGCAAAACCUGUUUAUUUUCUUCUGCUCAAACUUUUUAGAGUCUCUGAUUCAAACAUUAUUAUAUCAAGGAAUUUCUACUGGUUGCAUUUGCCAGAUUCUGAUUACAAUGCUUUGGAACUUCAUCAUGGAAAGAAAGUUCCUCUUAAGAUUACUUCUCAUGUAUCGACCACCGAAUCGACCUACAACAUCCAGGUCGAAGUUCAUAACGCGUCUAAGAACUCAAACUCAGCUAUUUUGGGCAGCUUGCUCAAUAAUCACAAGAAUGCUGGUGAAAAGUAUGAUGGUGGUCUCCAGUGUUCAAGGCCAGAGAUCUCAAGAAUCAUUGAAAUUGAAGAAACUGAUCCUGGAGUAGCUUUCUUCCUCCAUUUCUCUGUUCAUUCUGCAAAUGUGGAAGAAGCAGCGGUUGACAGUCGCAUUCUUCCUGUUCAUUAUUCUGACAACUACUUCUCACUUGUGCCAGGUGAAGAACUGAGUAUUAACAUCUCAUUUGAGGUUUCUGAAGGUAUAACACCGAAGGUUUUGCUUGCGGGUUGGAACUACCAUGAAGAGAUACAGGUCUAUUAAUAUGUACCGAAGGAGGAAGUUCUCGGCUUCAACAUGGUAUCAGAGCAAGGUUCUUCAAUCUGGCCAUAAACAGUGUAAGAACUGCUACUCUGCUUCUUCUUCCAAUGGCGGAAAAUGAAUCUUCUUCCACUUCUUCAACCCUGCCGCAAAUGGCAGCGACGAAUGUGUCUAUUCUGACAGAGCUCAAGUUCUUAAUGUCGAAUGUUAAAACUGUACUCAACACUCAAUUGGUAGCCGAUAAUUACCCCAUCUGGCGUCGGCAGAUUUACAAGCUUUUUGCUGCAAAUGGAUUUAGCGGAUACUUCGAUGGUUCCACACCGAAACCAUCAAGACAAAUCUCAGGGCCAAAUAAUACUCUAAUUUCAAAUCCGGCGUACAUUACCUGGAUGAUGGUUGAUCAGAACUUAUCGUCAGCCCUUUUCUCUACAAUUUCAGCUUCUGUUUUACCAUAUGUUCUUGAACUCGACACCUGCAAAGACAUCUGGUCUACCCUAGACAAGCGCUUUCAGUCCACAAACAGGUCUCGCAUUCUACAAAUUAAAAAUGAACUACAUCAGAUUAAGAUGAAGGAUCAUAAUAUGCAACAGUACUUGACCGAGCUCAAACAGAAGAUUGACACCAUUCGAGCAGCAGGAUGCUCUAUCGAUCCAGAGGAUAUAAUCCUCUAUACGCUUAAUGGUUUACCAUCCGCCUACAAUGCAUUUAAAACGGCGAUUCGUACCAGGGUUGAACCUGUUGAUCUAGAUGAACUCUAUUCCUUACUAUGCACUGAAGAAGUUAAUGUUCUUGCUGAACAAUUAACUGAUAUUACAAGUUCAACUGCAACAGUGGAUUCGUCAUUUGCCUUAACUGCGGUCCGUGGUCGUGUCCGAGGUCGCGGCCGAGGACGGACUUCGUGGUGGAGGACGAUGAUCUCUCCCACAUAUCGAAUGCCAAAUCUGUCUUAAACCAGGCCAUUCCGCGUCAAAUUGUUGGCAUCGAGGGAAUUUCUCUUACCAACCACAGCAGCCUCAAGCUCUUGUGGCUCAGGACGAACAGUACACUUCGGACUGGUUUUUAGACACUGGAGCCUCUAAUCAUCUUACUUCCGAUAUGACGCAAUUGCAGACUCCUCAACCAUAUACUGGACUCUCUCAAGUGCAAGUUGGCAGUGGCCAUCAACUGCCUAUUGCACAUUCUGGACAUGGUAUCUUACCCACGCCGUCCAGUAAGCUUGCACUCCCUCUCAUCUUGCAUGUUCCUCACAUUACCCACAAUCUUCUAUCCGUAAAUCGUCUAACUCAUGAUAAUCCUUGUUACAUUAUCUUUCAUUCUAAUGGCUUUCUUAUUAAGGAUUCCACGACUCACCGGACGCUGCUUUAGGGAUCAUCUCAACAAGGUCUCUACCCAAUUAAACUCAAAUCAACUUCUUCUCCAGGAACGACUGGUUCCUCUGCAGCCUUAGCAUCAACUACCAAUAGUUCUCUCGCCUGGCAUCAACGACUUGGGCAUCCUUCCUUCUCCACGCACAAACUCCUCGCCAAGGACCUCUCCUCCAACUCCUGUACCACUCUAUGUGAUGCCUGUGCUCGAGCCAAGAGUCAUAGACUGUCUUUUUCUUUAUCUGUAACUAGAUCUAAGCAAUGUCUAGAAAUCAUACAUAUUGAUGUAUGGGGGCCAUCCCCUGUUUUGUCCAUGCAACACUUUAAAUACUAUAUAGUUUUUGUUGAUGA